AUGAAAGACAUUGAAAAUGAAGAAGGAAUAACAAUUGAAAAAACAUUAGCAAUUAUUAAGCCAGAUGCUUUCGAAAAAGAAUACGAAAUUUUGGAUACAAUCUUAAGAAAUGGAUUUUUUGUUUUAAAUAAAAUGAAAAUACAUUUGAGUCCAGAGCAGGCAAGUGAAUUUUAUGAAGAGCAUUAUAACAAAAGCUUCUUUUCACGUCUCAUUCAUUACAUAAGCAGUGGCUACAUAAUUGUAUUAGUAUUGGGCAAGCAAAAUGCAGUGCUUGAUUGGAGAAACUUGAUUGGUCCCACUGAUUCUGAAAAGGCCAGAGAAAGCCAUCCACACAGCCUUAGAGCAUUGUAUGGAAAAGAUAAAGAAGUCAACGCAUUUCAUGGAAGUGACAGCCUAGAAAGUGCUAAGAGAGAAAUUAAAUUCUUUUUUCCAAAUUUGGUUGAAGAACCAGUUGCUUUAGAGAAUGAUGCGAGGUAUUUCAUGCAAAAGUAUGUUAAUCCUACAUUGCUGAAAGGCUUAACAGCUUUGUGUCACAAAAAGCCUGAAAAUCCAGUGGUAUGGUUGGCAGAUUGGCUGACAAACAACAACCCUAACAAACCAAGAAUUCAAGAAGCAUAA